AUGAAUGAUUUUCCUGGCCGAGCCAUGGAACUUGUCACAAGUAACCGGCUUCCACCCGGCGCGACCCUGGUGAAAUUGGAUUCCGAAGUCACCACCCCUUCGGUAAAGGAGAUCAGUCGUAAUUUUCUUUGGCUUCGAAGUGUCUGCGAGGAGAACCCGUGUAAGGUGCCAAGCGCUUUCUACUUGACGGAUGCCUUCUUGAAAUUGGACACCUACUUGAAAGGGUUUUUGCUGGUGCCUACCACGGAUUCCUCCAAAGGUGAUUUGGCCGGGCAAGAGGCCAAGCGCAUAAAGAGGUUGGUGGGUGCGUUGCGGCACCUAUACCGCAACAGCCCGAACGACAGCCCAGAUGCAUACGUUGCGGAGCUGAAGAACCUCCUGCGCAUGUCGCCAACUCGUGGCCGAAAGCAGGUUGAUGAUGAGGAAUCUGAACAUGAAUCCGAAUAUGCAACCAGUGAUGGAGAGUCAGACCAUGAGAAACCUCCCAUGACCAAAGAAGAGAAGCUCAAGAACUAUUGGCAGCAAUUUGCUGUCCAGCGAGAUUUCCACAACCCGAUGAGUUCUACCAAGCAUGAUGAUCAAGAACAUUCAUCUGCCUUGCCUUCUGAGGUGCCUGAUGAUUCCAGCAGUUCCACAAACGGGGACGCAGAGAACAAGGAUGUUGACAUGUCGGACGGGGGUGGGGAGUCUGAGGAUUUGAGCCCAAGUUCCAGUCCACUUCCCAAGGGAUCGGGACGCACGAUCUCCGAGCAUGUCAUGCGGGUUGAGGAUGGGGUUCACAUUCCUGAUUCCAGUACUGAUGUUGCAGCAUCUUCUGAAUCUGGGACCACAUUGGUACUUGGUGAGCCGCGCAUCCCAAAAGGGAAGCCACCCCAAGAGCCCCGAAACCCAAAGGCUGAACCAUAUGAGGGGUCUUCAGAUUCGAGUGAUGACAGUUCCAUUUCUUAUGGAGAUUUGGUACCAGAAGAUGCCUUUGCAGAUGCUAUGGGGGAUGCCUCAGUAGAAGCUCAGAAGCAUGCCGCCAACAGUGGCCCUUCUUCCUCUAGUUGCAAGACAACCAUGGUGACACCAAAGUGUGAACGACCCAAUUUCUGGGGAUUCCCCCUUGUGGAGACGCCUCCGAAAGAACUAGCUCCCACUGGCCACAACGGCCAACGCAAGGGAAAGGCGAACAAGGGCAAGGGAAAGGCGAAGAAGGACAAGGUGAACAAGAAGGCAUCGUUCAGGCGCACCAACCCCAAGCGCAUGAUGAAAUCCAAGGAAAAGCUCCCCGAAGGUCUUGAUUUGGUGAGCAUGGCACCCAUGAGCCCAUAUGUCAACCACUCCACUUAUGGGGAUUACGAUUUGAAACCUUUGCCACUGGAAGCUUGGCCAAACAUGAACCGGUCAAACCGUGGAAAACAUUCCUAUACCCUGGCCGAUGGACAGGGUGCUGUGGUUGAAGUGUUGCUUUCCAAGAAAUGCUUCUAUAUCAAAAAGGUCAAGCCAGGCUUUCCUGGGCCCGACGGCCAGUUGUCUUGGAACAAGCUGGGUGGUGCGACCCAGGCUUGGAAUGCCGCAAAGGAACGGUCUGGGUAUAGUUCAUGA